CUCCCAGCAUGCAGCGCGGCUCGCUCCUGCCCCAGCCGCCGCCGCCGCUGCUGCCGGGGGGAGAAGAUGGCGGAGGGAGGCGCGGCGGAUCUGGAGACCCAGCGCACGGACGUCGCGGCGCUGCUCAAAACCGCCCUUCGCAAGGGCGACACCUGGUAUCUAGUGGAUAGUCGCUGGUUCAAGCAGUGGAAAAAAUAUGUUGGUUUUGACAGCUGGGACAAAUACCAGAUGGGAGAUCAGAAUGUGUACCCUGGUCCUAUUGAUAAUUCUGGACUUCUCAAAGAUGGUGAUUCUCAGUCUCUCAAGGAACAUCUCAUUGAUGAGCUGGAUUACAUCCUUUUGCCAACUGAAGGCUGGAAUAGGCUAGUUAGCUGGUACACACUGAUGGAAGGUCAAGAGCCAAUAGCACGCAAGGUCGUUGAACAGGGUAUGUUUGUAAAACACUGCAAAGUAGAAGUAUAUCUAACGGAAUUAAAGCUUUGUGAAAAUGGAAAUAUGAACAAUGUUGUCACACGAAGAUUUAGUAAAGCUGAUACAAUAGAUACAAUUGAAAAAGAGAUAAGAAAAAUCUUCAAUAUUCCAGGUGAAAAAGAGACCAGAUUGUGGAACAAAUACAUGAGUAAUACUUUUGAACCUUUGAAUAAACCAGACAGUACCAUACAAGAUGCUGGUUUAUACCAGGGACAGGUACUGGUGAUAGAACAGAAGAAUGAGGAUGGAACGUGGCCAAGAGGCCCUUCAACUCCUAAGUCUCCAGGUGCAUCCAAUUUUUCAACUUUACCAAAGAUCUCUCCAUCUCUAUCAAAUAAUUAUAACAACAUGAACAACAGAAAUGUGAAAAAUUCAAACUAUUGUCUCCCAUCAUAUACUGCUUAUAAGAAUUAUGAUUACUCAGAGCCAGGAAGACACAAUGAGCAGCCAGGCCUGUGUGGCCUGAGUAACUUGGGGAAUACGUGUUUCAUGAAUUCGGCAAUUCAGUGUCUGAGCAACACACCUCCUCUUACAGAAUACUUCCUCAAUGAUAAAUACCAAGAAGAACUGAACUUUGACAAUCCGUUAGGAAUGCGAGGUGAAAUAGCAAAAUCUUAUGCAGAGCUGAUCAAGCAAAUGUGGUCAGGAAAAUACAGCUAUGUUACCCCAAGAGCAUUUAAGACACAAGUGGGACGAUUUGCACCACAAUUUUCUGGGUAUCAGCAACAAGAUUGUCAAGAGUUACUGGCUUUUCUCUUAGAUGGAUUACAUGAGGAUUUGAAUCGAAUUAGAAAAAAGCCCUACAUUCAGUUAAAGGAUGCAGAUGGGAGACCAGACAAGGUGGUUGCUGAAGAAGCCUGGGAAAACCAUUUAAAAAGGAAUGAUUCCAUCAUUGUAGAUAUAUUUCAUGGCCUUUUUAAAUCCACUCUAGUUUGUCCUGAAUGUGCUAAGAUAUCUGUUACCUUUGAUCCCUUUUGUUACUUGACACUUCCGUUACCUAUGAAAAAAGAACGCACUCUGGAAGUUUAUUUGGUUAGAAUGGAUCCACUUGCAAAGCCUAUGCAGUACAAAGUAGUUGUUCCCAAAAUUGGAAAUAUAUUGGAUCUUUGCACAGCACUGUCGGCUUUGUCUGGUGUUGCUGCAGAUAAGAUGAUUGUUACUGAUAUAUAUAAUCACAGGUUCCACAGGAUAUUUGGCAUGGAUGAAAAUCUAAGUAGUAUUAUGGAACGUGAUGACAUUUAUGUAUUUGAAAUUGCUAUCAAUAGAACAGAAGAUACAGAACAAGUUAUAAUUCCUGUCUGUUUACGGGAAAAAUGCAGGCACACUAGCUACAGCCAUAGUGGUGCUUCACUGUUUGGUCAACCUUUCCUCAUAGCAGUGCCUAGAAACAAUACUGAAGAUAAACUGUAUAACCUGCUGCUGCUAAGAAUGUGCCGAUAUGUAAAGACAUGUACUGAAAGUGAAGACACUGAAGGAUCCCUACAUUGCUGUAAGGACCAUGGUAUCAAUGGUGAUGGCCCAAAUGGAAUACAUGAAGAAGGAUCUCCAAGUGAAAUGGAAACAGACGAACAAGAUGAUGAAUCCAGCCAGGAUCAGGAACUUCCUUCAGAGAAUGAAAACAGCCAGUCAGAAGACUCAGUCGGAGGUGACAAUGACUCUGAAAAUGGAUUAUGUACCGAGGAUACUUGCAAAGGUCAACCACUCACGGGACACAAAAAGCGAUUAUUUACAUUCCAGUUCAACAAUUUAGGCAAUACUGAAAUAAACUACAUCAAAGAUGAUACCAGGCACAUUAGAUUUGAUGACAGGCAACCUAGGCUUGAUGAAAGAUCUUUCCUUGCUUUGGAUUGGGAUCCUGAAUUGAAGAAGAGAUAUUUUGAUGAUAGUGCAGCAGAGGAUUUUGAAAAACAUGAAAGUGUGGAAUAUAAGCCUCCCAAAAAGCCUUUUGUGAAAUUAAAAGAUUGCAUUGAGCUGUUCACAACAAAGGAAAAACUAGGUGCUGAAGACCCAUGGUAUUGUCCAAACUGUAAAGAACAUCAGCAGGCUACCAAGAAGUUAGACUUGUGGUCACUGCCCCCUGUACUGGUUGUUCACCUAAAACGCUUUUCCUACAGCAGAUAUAUGAGGGACAAGUUGGAUACGUUGGUUGACUUUCCAAUAAAUGACUUGGACAUGUCAGAGUUCCUUAUUAAUCCCAAUGCAGGGCCUUGCCGCUACAACUUGAUUGCUGUCUCCAACCACUAUGGAGGAAUGGGGGGAGGGCAUUAUACCGCUUUUGCAAAAAAUAAGGAUGAUGGAAAAUGGUACUACUUUGAUGACAGUAGCGUGUCCACUGCAUGUGAGGACCAAAUAGUGUCCAAAGCAGCAUAUGUGCUCUUCUACCAGAGACAGGACACUAUCAGUGGAACUGGCUUUUUCCCUCUUGACCGGGAAACUAAACAAGGUGCUUCAGCUGCCACAGGCAUCCCACUAGAAAGUGAUGAAGACAGCAAUGAAAAUGAUAAUGAUAUAGAAAAUGAAAAUUGUAUGCACACUAACUAAUGGAAGAACUAGAAGCCAUAAAAGAGACUUUCUUCCUGGGGAUCCCUAUUGAAAGAGCGAAAUGGCCCCCCAAACUAAGAAUAAAAAUCUGAGAUGGGGUAUUUCAGAUAACAGAAUGUAAAUCUUUAUUACAUUUUAACAUGUGCAGUACUUGAAGUGAAACAAUAAAAACUUAAACAGAAA